AAACUGUACAGAUGCCGGAAGAGAUUCCAGCUACAGCUCAGGACCAACAAAUGGAGGAGGAAGAGGUGGAGACCUUCGCAUUCCAGGCUGAGAUUGCGCAGCUGAUGUCCUUGAUCAUCAACACAUUCUAUUCCAACAAGGAGAUCUUCUUGAGGGAACUGAUUUCCAACUCCUCUGAUGCUUUGGAUAAGAUCAGAUAUGAGAGUCUCACUGACCCCAGCAAGCUGGAUUCUGGGAAAGAGCUGAAGAUUGAUAUGAUCCCCAACAAACAGGAUAGAACCCUGACUAUUAUUGACACAGGAAUUGGGAUGACCAAAGCUGAUCUCAUUAACAACCUGGGCACCAUCGCCAAAUCUGGAACCAAGGCUUUCAUGGAGGCUCUGCAGGCCGGAGCUGAUAUCUCCAUGAUUGGUCAGUUCGGUGUGGGUUUCUACUCAGCCUAUCUCGUUGCUGAGAAAGUGACAGUGAUCACUAAGCACCUCGAUGACGAGCAGUAUGCCUGGGAAUCCUCAGCCGGAGGGUCCUUCACUGUCAGAGUAGAUAGUGGUGAGCCUCUGGGUCGUGGUACAAAAGUGAUCCUGCACUUAAAAGAGGACCAGUCUGAAUAUUUCGAGGAGAAGAGGAUUAAGGAGAUUGUGAAGAAACAUUCCCAGUUCAUUGGUUACCCAAUCACACUGUUUGUCGAGAAGGAACGUGAUAAAGAAGUAAGUGAUGACGAAGCGGAGGAGGAGGAGGAGAAGGAAGAAAAGAAAGAGGGAGAAGAGAAAGAGGAGGAAGGGAAGAGUGAAGAGAAGCCAGAAAUAGAGGAUGUGGGCUCUGAUGAGGAGGAAGAUAAAAAGGAAGGAGACCAAAAAAAAAAAAGGAAGAUUAAGGAAAAAUACAUUGACAAGGAAGAGCUGAACAAAACCAAACCCAUCUGGACCCGAAACCCGGAUGACAUCACCAAUGAUGAGUACGGAGAGUUCUACAAGAGUCUCACCAACGACUGGGAGGACCACCUGGCUGUCAAGCACUUCUCCGUGGAAGGCCAACUGGAAUUCCGAGCCCUGCUGUUUGUACCCAGGCGAGCACCUUUCGACUUGUUUGAGAAUAGGAAAAAGAAAAAUAACAUUAAGCUGUAUGUGCGCCGAGUAUUCAUUAUGGACAACUGCGAGGAGCUGAUCCCGGAGUAUCUCAACUUCAUUAGAGGUGUGGUGGACUCUGAAGAUCUCCCGCUGAACAUCUCCAGAGAAAUGCUUCAGCAGAGCAAGAUCCUGAAAGUUAUCCGGAAGAACCUGGUAAAGAAAUGUCUAGAACUCUUCACAGAACUGGCUGAGGACAAAGAAAACUACAAGAAGUUGUAUGAACAGUUCUCCAAGAACAUUAAGCUCGGUGUUCACGAAGAUUCUCAAAAUCGCAGCAAACUUUCUGAACUUCUGCAAUACUACACCUCUGCAUCUGGGGAUGAGAUGGUGUCACUGAAAGACUAUUGCACGAGGAUGAAGGAGAACCAGAAACACAUCUACUAUAUCACAGGUGAAACAAAGGAACAGGUGGCUCACUCAGCCUUUGUGGAGAGGCUCCGGAAGCAUGGCCUGGAAGUCAUCUACAUGACGGAGCCCAUAGAUGAAUAUUGUGUACAGCAGCUGAAGGAGUUCGAAGGAAAGACUCUCGUCUCUGUCACAAAGGAAGGGCUCGAGCUCCCAGAGGACGAAGAGGAGAAAAAGAGUCAGGAGGAAAAGAAGUCCAAGUUUGAGAACCUGUGUAAGAUCAUGAAGGACAUUCUGGAAAAGAAAGUAGAGAAGGUUGUCGUGUCCAACAGGCUAGUCACAUCCCCGUGUUGUAUAGUAACCAGUACCUACGGCUGGACUGCCAACAUGGAAAGGAUAAUGAAGGCCCAAGCACUGAGGGAUAACGCCACAAUGGGCUACAUGGCAGCCAAGAAACACUUGGAGAUUAACCCCGAUCAUUCCAUUAUUGAAACACUGAGGCAGAAGGCCGACAAUGACAAGAAUGACAAGUCUGUGAAGGAUCUGGUGAUACUUCUGUAUGAAACUGCUCUUCUGUCAUCUGGCUUCAGCCUGGAGGACCCGCAGACGCAUGCCAACCGCAUCUACAGAAUGAUUAAGCUUGGCUUAGGCAUUGAUGAGGACGAUGCCACCCCUGAAGACUUGACACCACCGACAACUGAAGAGAUGCCGCCACUUGAAGGAGACGACGACUCGUCUCGUAUGGAAGAAGUUGACUGAAUCAGUUAAUGCCCCCAAAACCAUUUAAAACGUUCCAGUUCUAAUCCUAACCGGUUAGGUUUUUUGUACUUUGUGCAGCAUUUCCACUGUGCAGUUCUGUCUAAAAUAAUAUUUAUUUUUUGAUGUAUGUUUGUUUUUGUUAA